AUGAGUGGAUGUCGUCCUGCAGAUACCCCUAUGGAUCCUAAUGCUAAACUUUGGGGAGAAGGUAGUGUUCAUGUUGACACUGGAAGAUAUCAGAGAUUGGUUGGAAAACUGAUUUAUUUGUCACACACCCAACCUGAUAUUGCUUUCUCAGUUAGUGUAGUAAGUCAAUUUAUGCAUUCUCCUUACGAGGAACAUCUUGAGGCAGUCUACCGGGUACUAAGAUAUUUGAAGAGAAAGCCUGAUAAAGGCUUACAUUUUAAGAAAACUAGUGAAAGAAAUGUGUCUAUCUUCACGGAUGCUGAUUGGGCAGGCUCGGUCACUGAUAGAAGAUCAACCUCUGGAUAUUGUAGUUAUGUUUGGGGUAAUCUUGUGACAUGGAGGAGCAAGAAACAAGGAGUUGUAGCAAGAAGUAGUGCAGAAGCUGAGUUUAGAGCUAUGUCUCAAGGUAUUUGUGAAGGGUUAUGGAUCCUUAGAGUCCUAGAAGAACUUAAGAUGAAAAUUGACCUUCCAUUAAAAUUAUACUCUGACAGUAAAGCUGCCAUUAGCAUAGCUCAUAACCCAGUUCAACAUGACAGAACCAAACAUAUUGAGAUUGAUCGACACUUCAUAAAAGAGAAGUUAGAUGCUGGAAUCAUAUUCUCUCUUUUGUGA